AAUCCUAAUUAAACUUAAAGCCUAAGUUACAGAAAAGCAACAUUUUAGCAGAGAUUGGUCCACUAUGCUUUCUCGGAGGAUAGUGAUUGUUGGACUUUUCUACUGCUGCAUCAAAAUAGAGGUCUCACAGUGUCGGACUAAAGCUCUAUUUCCAGCUGCAAACAGGGUCAAAAGAGGAUUGACAACAGUGAAUCCAACCUUCCACAACUCUUACAAUGAUGUCCAUCUCUUAUUUGAGAUUCUGAUGUCUGGAUUUCAUUUUAAACCCAAUGGAGCAUUUUCAGUUGAAGACGCUGAACUCUCUUCACUCCGAAAGACAAGAAAUCUGGACUUCAUCUGCGAGGAGAUAAUUCCCAAAAAUCUGACAGAUGUCUUAAGACUGAUAGCUGAUCUUUCAAAUUAUAAUGGUCACCUGUAUCAGGAGGACUUUGAGCGCACACUGAUGACUUUGGUGUAUGCUACACAGCAGGUGGUCACUUCUACUUCUGAGCACCAAAGGGAAGUGUGGGCAGAGUCUUUUGUAGGGUUGUACAGAGCCAUUAAGAAGGAUCUUACACUGACAGACUGAGAACGUUGCUGUUGCUGCACAAUGGUUCCACAUUGGAGUUUAAUAAGCACUUCUGGAACAAAAAAGGGAUAAGUCAGAGUCAGUAGUCUUUGUUUGCACAAUGAGGGCAUUUUUUUUCUUAAGAAAAGUCAGAAUAUGUCACCAGAGAUAAAGUGCACAGAGAUAUAUAUAUAUAUACACAAAAGAUACAUUGGAUAUUUGCAUAAUGAAUGUGACAUAAAAAAGACCAUAGAUGUUCUUACAUUCACUUGUGGUUUUAGUUUCUUUGCUAGCACCUGCACAUUAUUUCAUUCUGAAGCCAAGAGGUCAAAAAAGGUCAUUUAAAAAAAAAUCCAAAUUGAAACCAAAGAAAACCGGUUACACUCAAACAGUUUCAAAUGGUAAAUAUAGUACCUAUUGAAAUAAAAUGUCCCAGAAAUAUGAAUAUGAACACUCAUU